CUUUAAAGAGUCCUAAACUAGAGAGAAACAGCUGUCCAGUACUCCCUGCAGGUUUUCCAAUGGUUCUCCGAUUGAUAUCAGCUCAUGAUGAAAUCCUGUAACCAGUCAGUCAAAUCCUUACAAACCAGUACUUGAAGAUGACGAUAAUGUUGUGUAGCACUCAAUUUUAAACCAGUAGAGUUUGGGUUCUGACCACACUUAAGGUAUCCGAAAUUUGUAUUAUCAGUUAAUAUUAUCAUUCAUCAUGUAGUGAGUGUGUGGCGUUACUAAGUCCCGUAACACCCAUGUGAUUGUUGAUUGACGUAAAAUAUUGCAUAUGACACUAUUUAUCAAAAGUAUAAAAUGAAACACUGAAUAAGUCAACAAUGUAUUUAUCUUUCGACUAGAUGAACUUUUUGUCUACUGUGCGUUUUGUUAAGAAAAAAUAAAAUAAAAAUGAAUACUGCAUAUGUCUAUUCUUCUUCUUCUUCUUCCUCUUUUUGUAUUGUGAAUAAACAUUGUAACAUAUGUUCAUGUAUAUUAUGCAUUUGAGAUGUGUUGUGCUUGUAGUUUUGGCGUGGUAGUUACUGCACGUAUACGACAUCUGUUUUGGGUGGUCAAAAAUUCCCCCAAUUUUUCCUCUAUUUGUUUGUUUCUACCCGUUUUUCUUGUCUUGUUUCAACAUUUUGACUUUUUAAAACUUUUUCAUUGUUUGAUGAAGGACACAUUUUCUUAGAAGAUUUUUGAUACUUUUCAAACUGAAUUGUCGCCAUCAUGCACUAUUAAGGAAGACUGCAUUGAUUUAGGGGUGUUUUUUGUCUACACUAGCAACCAUUUCUACCUAUUCUUUGACUCAUUGGGUAGUACGUGGUAGGUUGUGCCUGCCAACUAAUUUCCAAACACUUUCAUUGCCAUUCUUCGGAGCGAGCAGGUAGGAGAGAAACGGUAUGUUCCACUUGUAUUUGAAAGUUGGUCAAAUGACACACAUAGUCAGGAAGGUCAAUCAAAUGCCUCAAGUCUCUCUAGUAUACAAAAAUGAUGGAAACAAGAUCCCAGUCGCAUAUGCAUUGAUUUCUAUGACGAAAUUCUGGCACCACCAGCCGAUGUCAGAAGACUGUGAAAUUUGUAUUGUGUAUAUCCUGCCAGCAGAUAAAUCAGUUUAUCAACGAGCUAUCCAAAUUAGCUCGAAAGACAUCAGUUUUGAUACAUGGUGGAGUAUCAGUAAAGACACAUGAGGUACAGAGUAAUCUGACUCAUAAAACUACUUGUAAAUAUUUGUCCCCACUACGCAUUAUAGUCCUAUUCUAUGAACUUCUGUUGUUGUAUCUUGAAGAACAGAUCCUUUCUAGAAUUCGAUGUUAUGAUUAUAAUUUAUUGCAUUGUGCUUAAGAUAUCUCUUUUUCUGUAUGUUUUCCGGAUUCCUAGCAAUGUACAACAUGCAUUUCAGCUGUCUACAUAUGCUUCCGUUCAACUAUUUCACUUUUGUGCUCUAUAUGGUUUAUUGGCUUGACAACUGAAACUAAAGGUCAUAAGGCUUUCCUAUAUGUUAUUAUAUAUAUCAUAUUACUGUUUCAAGUUUGAUCAAGGAUCGAUGACAGUUGGAGAACCAUUGAAAACCAGGGAGUAUUGGACACCUGUUUCGUCCUCACAACCCAAUAGCAGAUAAUUGAAUCGUAUUAUUAUCAUUAUUGUUAUUAUUAUUAUUAUCAACGUGAUUAUUGCUUAACCACAUAAAUAUUCCUAUAUCGUUUCGAUUUUUUCCGUCAAACUACUAACAUCUUUUCCAUCUCUCCUCUUUUGUUAAUUUCAGCUGCGUGCUAGACCUCCCCAUUUGAUUAAGAAGAAACCAUUUAUUGAUUUACCUGUCUCAAGUCGAAAUGAAUCACCUCAACUAACCUCACCGAGUAAUUCUCAACCCAAGAGUAAACAAUUACUCAAACGAGAGAUUGGCAGUGUCACUAUGCCUCCAGUUUGCCUAAUUGAAUUCGAUUCAAAUGCAUCAAAUGUAUCUUUGUGUCCUACUAAUGUUCCACAAGACACAAUCUAUCCUCUACCUGUAGAUAAAGGAGAAGUGUAUGUCGGGACCGCUACAGCCUCAGAUAAAUUACACUCACCUAACAUGGUGUGUUUACCAAGCUCCAAAUGGCCAGAUAUUGAAACGUAUCAUAUUAUGUUUUGGCUACCGAAAAUUGCAGUUGAUAAAAACAAGAAGACGUCUGAAGGAUGGUUAGCUUGUCGUCCAUGUUUACUUGCAUCCUCUAGAAAUAAUAAUGUUAACAGUCAGAACUCAACUCAUAAAAUUACUGAAGUAUAUCUUAACAACCAUCUAUUGACAAUUCCACUGACUUCAAAUUAUCAAGAGACAGUGUUUUGGUUGAAGUCUGGUGAUGUACUUCGUCUUGGGAAGGGAGCACGACAGCUCAAAGUCUGGUCGUAUUUAGAGCUGCAGUCACAUAUACCUACUGGAUUACACACCCCACAAAUGCAUGAUGUCAGCAGUAAGGACAUUCACGACGAUCUUGCUCAGAAUUGCAGAAUUCCUGAGUCACCUACAAUUGUAGGAAUCAGCAAUCUGUAUGCGUUAAAUGAUACUACUCUGACCAAUAGCAACGUAUCACCCCAGUGUACGAGCUUUUCUGCCUACUUGAAUGUUCUUCCUCAUAUUAACACCUUUUCUCCUGAAAGGGUUAUGUCUCAAGCCAUGUAUCCAGAUGAUUUGAAGUGUUCUGAAAGGCUAAUGAAGUUAUCUCUUACCAAAGGAAAACAGAAUAAUCUGUCGAAUGGAUUAUGUCCAUUGGCUAAUCCAAAUUCUAUUUGUGAUUCUUCAUCAUCAUCACUGUCAUCGUGUACUUCUGCGUCUGAAACAGUCUCCAGUGAUUCAACUACUUCUUCAUUAAAAGUGCUAUCACCCACAGAGUUGAGUGGGCAACAACACCAUCGAAUGGAAGCGUAUACAAACACAAAUUUCACACAGUCAUUGAAUUGUGUCAGUAACAAGAGUAAUACUACUACUACUACCACUACUACUGCUGUUGCUACAACAAGUACUACUAUAACUACAACUACUCCCAUUAAUAAAAAAUCGUGCAUGGAGGAAGGUUUUCGUACAUCAAGCCGAAAUAGUGAACAUGACUGCUCUCGUAGUACCGUUUGUCAAUCGCCACCAUCAUUCAGACAAGGUGAUAACUCUGUUUCUGCACCCAGUCAAAAGCUUAAUAUCUCUUCCCUUGUGGAUACUCAGUCACAUUUGAAUAAUUCGCUUUCUUCUGAGCAUAUAUUUUCGCCUAAUCAUUCGCACUGUUCAUCUCUGACGAAAGACGAUCACACUUACACAAAGGGGAGUUCCAAUAGGACAAAAUCUGUCUCUGACCGGUUACCUUGUCAAAUGGCCUUUGCUCCAAUAACUUUAGAACAACUACUAGAUUGGAUUAUUAUUAAACAACUUAAAUAUGCAUACCAAACUGGUAGUACACCUGCUACUGGCAUUCAAUCCGACGUAACUAUCGAUCUGUGUCCUUUGGGUCCAGCUAUGUCGGUUUACCUAAUGCUUCGAGCAAUUUGUCGACAAUGUGAUCGUUGGGAAGCUAUUGAAUUCAAACAGCUGGCAAAAAGUUCAUCGAAAGGAAGUACUGACGUUGCUGCAUCAAAUAAUCCAGAAAAUGUUUCUUCUCAUGUUAAUCGUUCCUCGGUAACAAGCCUUUCAGAGUUGACUUUAAAUCAGUCUAAGCGUAGACAACGCCAGUUAUUAGCACUGUUGGUAAGUGCUCUUGAUCGCUAUCAAAACUUUGAAGUAUACGUCAGUGAAUCUAUCAAAAGUAUUGAUUUAAGCAAUUCAGUCACAUGUCUUAAGUCAAAUUGUCACCAGACUAGAAUGCCGUCGUCACCACAGCAAUCAAAUGAAAAGGACAAUAGAUUGAACUUUAAAUUUAUUAGUUUAAUCAAAUCAGUCACUGUCUGGUUGGCUAAUUCAAGUCAAUUGCUCCACCUUAUCACCUGUGAUGUUGACUUGAAUGCAGCUUUCAAGUCUCCAGUCAUUGAAACUUUUGAGUCGAAAAGAAGUUCUACUAAUAAUGAGAAAAUGUUGAAUGCUGCAGCUCAAUGGGAUCAAUUGAAGGAACAGUUAGCUGAGAUUGUUCAAACUGCUUUUGUUUACCUAGCUGAUCUCUGUGUUCUUUGUUUAGAUUUAAUCGCUAUUCCUCAACUUUUGAUUUAUUUAACUGAAUGUGUGAAAAGUUUGUCUGAUACUCAUCAACAUCUCAGUAGUUAUAAGAAGACAGUAAAUUGUACAGAAAGUGCUGAAGUCACGUGUAAAAUACAAUCAAAUAAUACUUCUGCAAUAGACGGAGAAGAUGAUAUGUCGGCAACUUUUCAUGAUCAUUGUAAGCAAAGUGAAAUAUCCAGUAGAAAACAUAAUAUUACUAUAGAUAUACUUAGUGAAAUAUUGGAUUGUUUGCAUUCAUCUCAUGUGAAUCCGGCUUUCAUUGUUCAAUUGUUUGCUCAUCUACUGCAUCGGUUAAAUGCACGCCUGUUCAACUUUGUUAUCGGUUAUAAUGAGAAGGAGAAUAAACAGACUGAUCAAACGCAUGUUUCACCUUUAUGGGGUAGUUGUUUAUACGCUUGGAUUCACAAUUGUCUAGGUGACUGGGCUACUGAACAAGGCCUAAGUUUAGCUACUGAAUGUUAUCUUCAAAGGAUCAGUCAGGCUGCUGAUUUGAUGCUGUGUAAUAUGAAAUCUGUUGAAAGUUUGUACAAUAUGGCUGUUGAUUUAGUUAGCUUAAAUUCACGUCAAGUUCGGGCAUUGCUCGAAAGCUAUCGAUUACACGAUGGGUCCAGUGAAAAUGAAACCACCCCCACUACCAAUUCUAAUACCACUACUACCUCGUCAGACAAAUCUAAUUCAGGCCAAAUUCCAAAGGCUUGGAUUGAAUUUGUUGUCUCCGGUGUGAAACUGGUUGCAGAUCGAAUCCUUACUGAAGAAAGUAUGUCUCUAACAAACGACGACUUAGAUGAAAUGGAUAAAAAUACCACAAUUCCUGACAGUGGGACAAAAUCGAAACCUUUAGAACUUGGAGAACCACUCGAUCUUCACCUACCCUUUCUAUUGCCUGAAGAUUGUUAUCCUUCGGAUAAUCCGUUACCUGUUGUAGGACAAAAAGAGGAAUCUCUUGUCAGUUACGAUGACAGUGGUGUAUGCAGUCGAAGCAGUUCAACAAAAGAUCAAAAGCAUCAGCCAUCCAGUGAAAAUGUCAGUACACCUGUGAUUACUGUUGAAUCAAUUAAGCAUUUUCUCAAUCCUGCUAUUCAAAUCGGCUGGUGUCGCAUAUCUAUGAAAUCCAGUAUUCAUCGUGUUGACAAUACAUCUACAUCAGUUGAUGAGACGUUAUCAGAUAGGCGGAUGAGUAUCUCUCAGAAUCCAACACAUUUUUUAAGGUGGAAUGUUUAUCUAAUCGAUCCCAAGUCAUCCGUCGAUUGUGAAAGUGUAAAAGCUGAUACUAUCAAGUCAGAUGAACAUGUCACACUGUCUGUAAACCCCAACACUGAAAGCGUACAGUGCGCAAAUCAAACGCAGGCAGCGAAAAUUGUAACAACUUCAGUCACUCUUGGGAAAAACAAUGAAUCUCUUUCAAAUCGGUUGUCAUCUUCAUCAUCAUUGCUAAAGAAUCAUUCUGUAUUUGGUCAGUUGUGCAGUCGACAUUGUACAUAUUCAGUUGUUGUGCCUAAAAUUGGACAAAGUUUAGGUCUUAGUAUAGUCGCUGCUAGAUCAGAAUACGGACAAGAUCUGGGAAUUUAUGUUCGUGGUAUCAAUCCAGGAAGUGGAGCUAGUCAUGCAAGACUACUUCAAAGGCCUAAUGAAACUCAUGUAACAAAAUGCAAUGAAUUCUUAUUAACUCCACCAUACCUACAGACCGGUGAUAGACUCAUAUCUGUUAACGGCCAGUUAAUUACAGGAUUGUCUCAAGAUGCUGCUGUACAACUGGUGUCAUCAGCUACCUGUGAAGUUGUUCUCACUGUGAUACGUUAUGCUAAACAAAAUGAUGAUGACAAGAAUAAGACAAUGCUGCUGCAAUCAUCACAAAAAACAUCUGAUUUAAAACAAAAGACAACCAAUCUACAGUGUAUUGAUUGUCUCUUGCACGAAUCCUUACUCUUGAAUUAUAAAGCUUUCAUAGAUAGUGAUGAAAAGUCGAGUUCACACUUGAAUGAGGAUUCAACGCAGAGAAUGGUUAACCCUUCAACAGUCAUAAACUCUCAACAUGAAAGCCUUCAAUCCACCAUUACUACUGCUACUGCAUCUUUAAGUACUACAUCAGUGAAACAACUCUCACCGUCACAGAGAAGAGCAGAAGCACACAUUCACGAUGUUCAUAUCGAUAUGAAGUUAAGUAUAGAUACAAGCUAUCCAAAAGACCGUUAUACUAGGUGGAAGUAUCAAAGCAACACUGUUGACAGAAGUAUACAUAAUAAAGUUCCGGUUGGUGUUAAUAACCUUCCAAAUAAUUGUACUCCAUUGUCUAAAGAUCGUUCAUUGUCCACUAAUGAACGUCAAUUCCGAUUGUAUAUAGAUGCAUCAUCCUGUAACAGCAGUAGUAAUAUAUACGAUGAACCGUCUAUAUCAGAUUAUAGCUUGUGUGCUGAAAGUUUUCUGUCAAAUUCAAAACUGGAGAAAUCUGGAGUUAGAAUGUUUUCUCCUACGAUUGUGGAUAGUAGUCAUGGUCAUUCUGAGCAAAACAGUCUUCCUACAAAACCGUGUCAUAGACCUAAAGGACAAUCAGUUAGCUUUGAUGACCGUCUAUCGACGCCUCGAUAUACUCAGUUACCUGAAACCAUGGUUAAUGCUUUCCCCAAUGAUGGCAAAUCAGUUAAUCAGAAAGAGUUGACAUCUCCACGGCUUCUAAUUAAUUCCAGUUCAGCUUUCUGUCCUCAAUCAGCAGUCUUAUCUGCUCCACCCAAUCAAUCAUUUUCUUCAAGUAAUAUCGUUUCUGCAACUACAAACGAAUUUAUGCAAACUUCCCAUAUUGGCUCUUCAAUGUAUAGACCAGAAGUCAAUUGUUUAGAAGGAUGUAAUAUUUAUUCACCGUCGGAUGUGCAAAUAAAGCAAUGCUCUCCUAAUUGUAUGUCAGUUAUCAAUCCCCAUCAAGAUCAUCAUCGCUCUUCUACACCAUCCUGCUUCUCAACUACUACUUCUCCGAAUCAAUCCUCAACUUUGCUGGUUGGUGGUGGUAGUAAACCUCCGAAAACCUUCGUACCAACAGUCUGUGUAUUACCUGUAUCCAAUCGAGGCCCAGUUUGUGGAGCCCCGCCCACAAUUAAAGCUAGGAACUCCAGAGAUUGCUUGGAUUCAUAUGCUACAAAUUCACGAGCUUCCAGAUCAAUGAAUGAUUUAGUCACUAAAUCAUCGUAUACAGAUAUUCCUCAGGCUAAGACAACUGAUGUGAAUUCAAUUACCGUAAACAGGCAUACAGGUUGUCCGGUGCGAAGAAGAUAUACAACAUUCACCACAAGUCGUUUCAAUGUUGGCCCCAGACCUGAACCUUUAAACAGAUCGCUUGUCAAACAAACUCAAUUCACUUGAGUACAAUUCAAAAUGAAAUCGACCGCCCACUGAACACUAGAUCCCCCUAUCGUACUGCAUUUCCAAAUUAAACAUAAUACCAAUGUUUAGAUGUUAUUUGUUCGUUUCUCUUUCAUACUACUUAAACUAGUAUCACUAUCGCCAACAAUGAUAUAAUGUAUUUUUGGUUCACUGAUUACUGCCUAUCUUUGACAUGUGUAUUUAUUUACUAUUCAUCUAUCUAUUAACGUUCACAAUAUUUCAUUCUUUCUUACAAUUGUAAUUAAAUUUUUUUUUUGUAUAAUUUGACAAAUCUAUUUCAAUUAGGCUGUUUAUCAUACCAAACACUUAUUUUAUUAUAUAGCAUAUAUCUAUUACUCUUAACUAUCAGUUGUACAAAUAUCCAUCACUUAUGAAUAUUAUUCGCUUCAACAGUUAUGUAUUGACUUCAUUGUUAAUGCGUUCAUUUUAGCCGCCUCAACACAUGUACACGUGUAUAUGUGCAUGUUAGCACCAGUGAGAUGCAUUUUAAAAUUCUACAUUCUUUAUAGAUCAUGUUAAAAAUACAUUAAGAAAAAACCAGGAUUGAAGGAAUUCCAUAUAAAAAUGUAC